GCGCGCGAUACCUCAGCGCGCUGAUGAGGCGCUCGUUAAACACACACCUUCACACCUUCACACCUUCACUCAGUCACUUCCGUCUGUCUCCACCUUCUGGACUCGAGAGCUGGUGGAGGUCAGGGGAGCGGCGCGUCCCGGUCGUGACCGUACAGAGGGAGCCGGCGCAUGGUCACAUCCCAAAUGAAGAUUUCAAAGAGACGGAGAGGACAGAGCCGCUGUAGUCCGUUUGCCAGGCCGUCAGAGGAGGGCUGUGGCGUCGACUAGCUCGUGUGUGUGAGAUUUGGGAAGAGAUUAAUCAUGAUGAUUAAUGGGUCGUUUAAGCUGGGGGCGGCCCGAGUGUUGUCGGGGUGGCAGUGUUUAGCUCCCGCGCUGCAGGAAAACGACAACAUGAACGGAGCCACAGAGACGCAGGACAUCCUCCCUCCUAACUGCAUGGUGAAGGAUCGCUGGAAAGUGCUGAAGAAGAUCGGUGGUGGAGGGUUCGGAGAGAUCUAUGAGGCUCUGGAUCUGUUGACGAAGGAGAACGUGGCUCUGAAGGUGGAGUCAGCGCAGCAGCCCAAACAGGUGCUCAAGAUGGAGGUGGCAGUGCUGAAGAAACUGCAGGGUAAGAACCACGUGUGUAAGUUCAUCGGCUGUGGGAGAAAUGACAAGUUCAACUACGUGGUGAUGCAGCUCCAGGGGCGGAACCUGGCCGAUUUGAGGCGGAGUCAGCCGCGUGGAACCUUCACCAUGAGCACAACACUGCGUUUGGGGAAACAGAUCUUGGAGUCCAUUGAAGCGAUUCACUCAGUCGGGUUCUUGCACAGAGACAUUAAACCGUCAAAUUUUGCCAUGGGCAGACUGCCGUCCACAUUAAGGAAGUGCUACAUGCUGGACUUUGGGCUGGCGAGGCAGUACACAAACACUAAUGGAGAAGUGAGACCGCCCAGAACUGUAGCUGGUUUCCGUGGCACGGUCCGGUACGCUUCAGUUAACGCUCACAAGAACAAGGAAAUGGGUCGGCACGAUGACUUGUGGUCUCUGUUCUACAUGCUGGUGGAGUUUGCAGUCGGUCAGCUGCCCUGGAGAAAGAUCAAAGACAAGGAGCAGGUGGGUCAGGUGAAGGAGCGUUAUGACCACAGGAUGCUCCUGAAGCACAUGCCCACUGAGUUCAACAUCUUCCUGGAGCACAUCUUGAGCCUGGACUACUACACUAAACCUGACUACCAGCUGUUGAUGUCGGUGUUUGAGAACAGUAUGAAGGAGCGCAUCAUCACGGAGAACGAGCUGUAUGACUGGGAGAAGAGCAACACAGAGUCCACGCUUUCUACAAACACACAGUCCACACAGCAACACACACGGCCUACUGCAGUCAUGGCCAGAGUGCUGAAUGUGAGCCCGGUCCCUGGGGACUUGCAAAGGGAGAACACAGAUGAUGUUUUGCAAGAUGAGCACCUGAGCGAUCAGGAGAACGCCCCGCCCAAUCCUGUACCUGCAACCACAGAGAAUGGCCCAGCGCCCCCUGAUGGAGACGAGUGGGAUAGCACUGACAUCAACCGCAACAAACUGAGAAUCAGCCUGGGAAAGGAGGAUGAGGGAAACCAAAGGGUGUGUCCUGUGUCACCCCAGAGAGGAGCAGGAGGGGCGGAGUCUCCUAGUGCACAGAUGCGUUCUCUCAGGUCACGGAUGGAUGCUCUCGGCUCUCCGUCCCGCCAUCUUUACUCCUCGCAGCCGGCCCAGAUGCUGUCCAUCGACGGUUGCCGUGGAGACCGCUGCCGCAACGAUGGCUCUGAGGCGCACAGCAACGCCUUCAUCCGGUCGGUGCCGCUGGCUGAGGAGGAGGACUUUGACAGCAAGGAGUGGGUUAUGAUUGACAAAGAGGCGGAGCUCAGAGACUUCCAGCACCGCCCACUAGGGGCGGAGCCCACCACAUCGGGGACUACGGACGAUGAGCCGGAGGAGCUCCGCCCCCUGGAAGAACAGGCCACGCGGCCUAGACUGAACGCCAGAGGCGUAGUCGAGGGAGAGAUGGCACGGCGGAGUGGGCGUGGCCUACCAACUGACAGUCCAUCACCGUGUCACUCGGGACGAGCCAGACGGAGAGAGUCCGAGCCGAACACACCUCACAGACAGAUUUCGUUACCAAGGGAGACUCUCCUCUCUCCGACAGACUAUCGGACCAAAGCACCGUAUUCUGAAAAAGAAAUGUUUUACAUCCUUCCAAAGCUUCAGGCAAAACGAGGUGAUUUCCUCACUGUCAUGCUGACUGGAAGCCUCCACCAGCGUCGAGGUUUCAUGGCCACGCCCCCUGACACACAAGACGAUGGGCCGAGAGAAGAUGACGUGACUAAGAGUGAGUCUGACAGUCUGGAUCAGAGCCAAGACGGACCUCCUUCAACCUUAUUAGCUAUCGACCCUCAGAAAGGUCAGAGAGAUCCAGGUUCUGUGGCUGAUGUAGAUCUGGAUCAAGAGGACAUCUCUAAAACUCUGGUUCUGUUCUCACCUGGAGACAUGAAGAAGUCUCUGAAUUCUGGAGCUGGAACAGACGUUCUUCAGAGUGAAAAGGAAGCUAUUGACUUCCAGACAUGUUUCUUGGAGAAGAACCAACAACCUUCAACAAAAUAUGGCGAUGCAGGUAAUAGUGGAAUCAUCAGCUCAUCACAACAGAACACUGCUGCUCCUACAUCUCCUCCUGUGACCAGCACACAGAAACACCAACAAGCACAUGAACUCUUAGAGAACCAGGCUGAGGAAAAUGAUGAUAGGACUCCUGUGUUAGGAGUCAAGAAAGAGUCUAACCAACCAGCUUAUUCUACAUGUUCUUCUUUGACCAAGAGCCAUCAAGAAAAAGAACCUUGUAAAAACCAGCAUGGUGAUCCAGAUGAUAUUAGGAUUUCCAGUGUAGUCAGACAAAAAAAUAAUCCCUCAGCUACUGUACUGGUUUCCUCUGGUUCUCCUGCAUCUCCUCCUUUCACCAAAGUGGAAAGAACGUUCAUCCACAUUGCUGAGACCACACACCUGAACAUCAUGUCAUCUCGACUGCCUCAGGUUCAAGGGGGGGACCAUGAGCUGCCUAAGAACCUUCAGUGUGAGGUGGAGCCCCAAACCAGAAGUGCCAUAUUAGCAGAAGCAGGAGGUGGCUGGCCUAAGACUUCAUCACACAAUCCAGUAGAAGAUGUUCAAGGACACUGUGUUGUUAAUAGACCUGUGCAGAGCCAGGCUCCAGCUAUGGUUGUUUUAUCAGAGAUGCCCAAAGAAGAGUUUUUGUGCAGGGCAGAAGGAAAUAGAGGUAAAAGCACAAGAUCUUCUUCUCUGACAAGCAGGAGUCGAAUCCCUGUCUUGGUAUCAGAGGAUAGUGCAGAUCCGUUGCUGUCACGGGAUCAAACCCGGAAACGGUCCAAGCGGCAGGAGUUUGCUCGAUUGGUGCUGGAGAGGCAGAGACAGAUGCUGAACUCCAGGACAUCUUCAUCGCUUUCAUCUGGAGAUGAGCCCAGGAGAGCCUCAGAGACAAUGUCCACCACUGAGGAGGAUACGCACCAAUCAGACGACUCAAUUGGGAAGGUCAAAAAGGAAGUAAGGGAGCGAGGGUGUGAGGGGUGGAGCAGUAGGAUCCCUCGACCCCUUACACCUAUCAAACGAGCUCCGACUAAGCUUCCGUUCACUAUUGCAGCUAAACCCACUGUGAGGACUGAAACCACAACACACACUGCAAACACUGGGUUAAGGUGUGUGGAGUCUGGAAGCAUUGUAAGGUCUAAAUCUGCUGUGUCCCGGCCGGCGAGUCCCCGAACCCCGCUGCGCUGCAUCUUUACCACCUCACGCAGCUUAAACUCCACCCACAGGACACUUAGCCCCUCCCCCCACCGCAUGACUGGCAGGACUCUCAGACGCUCAAAGACAAACACCACCGCACACAACACCGCACACACCACCACACGCAACUCUGUACAUGUCACACAUGCCACCACACGAAACGCUCCAAAUAUUGUUGCACACAACACCGCACGCACCAACACACACAACGUCCCGCACAAUGCAGCAUUCAGUGUUUUACAAAUUGCACACAAUACUGCACAUGUCACACACAAUGACACACAAGAUGUCACAAAUAAUGUUGCACGCAACGCCGCAUGCAGUUACACACACAAUUCCACUUAUAAUGUCACUCAGAACAUGUCGCACCACACCACACACACCACCACACUCAACCUCAUUCACAACGCUGCACACAACCAUAAUAGAAGCCAAGCUUCUACAUCUGUUAAACACAUAGACACUAAAGCAAAUCCGAAACACAACACAACUACAGCGAGAUAAUAGUGAGGAGAAGAAAAAGUCAUUCUCAGUAAGCUCUUCAUCCUGGUCAGGGUUGCAGUGUCUCUCCCAGAAGUGCUGAGUGCACAGUGGGAGAAGUGGGAUGUCAGUCCAGUCCAGUCCAGUCCAGUCCAGUUUCCAGGGCAGAGCACUGCUCAGUCAAACCUAAGGGGCAAUUUACCACAAACAGUCCCCUUGCAUGUGUUUGGAGAUGGGAGGUCAUUAUAGAACCUACAUGGACAUGGAGAGAACUCCACACGAACAGAACCUUGAGCUCAGGGUGGAACCUGGAGCUGUUAGGAGACACCGCCACCCACUGCACCCAACCUCACCCCACCAUCCUGCCCAGGAGUGACGAUAUUAAUUAGCCCUAAUUACUGCGGUUAUAAAUGUUGUAAAGUACUAUUAUAGAUACUGUAGCCCCGCCCUCUUGUUUCCUAUUGGCUGUUAAGGUUUUUACCUUAGUGACUGGUUUCAUGAUAAAAUGUGUGUAAAUUUGCUUAGAUGUCAAUCUUAUUUUAAUUAUUAUUUAAUGUAAUUCAAUAAUUUAUUAGAAAUGUAUGUAUAUAAAGUAGUGUGUUAUGUGUGUGUGUGUGUGUGUGUGUGUGUGUGAGAGAGAGAGAGAGAGCCUUGACCUGCUGUGUGUUUCAUUAUCAGUUACUGAGCUUCCAGCGUUUCUGUGUUAAUGAUAAUCACAUGACGUCACAUUUACACUAAACCUCUGUGUGUGUGUGUGUGUGUGUGUGUGUGUGUGUGUGUGUGUGUGUUAUUCUAAUAAUUAUUACAGUUUCAGGAGGUUCAGACUUUCCCCUUAAUGAGAGAGCAGAGUGACUGAAACAGAAAUAAAUCACAUCAUGUAACAAACACCAAAAUUACUUACAUUAAAGUUCUCUGAAAUAACAAGUGUAUAUGGGUACAAUUUAUUAACCACACACACACACACA